AUGCCCAAUCUUGAAACAAGCCAAUCAUUCGGGUUGGAGACUCCCGCUACAUCUCUUGGAGCUCCUUCUCGUAGUUCCAGUCCCGAGAGUGAUACGUUGAGCCCGCCACUCUCAUCUGGCUCUUUCAAGCGAUCACUCAAAAGUCGUAUUGUGCCACCGACGUUAGUUGGCAUUUCAGAGGAGGGAGUAGUGCAGAAGUUUGUUAAGAUGACUCCGACUAUGAAUGUUUUGGCUGUUCCUCAAUUGAUCGAUAUUUCUAUUCCUUCAAAGGAUAAUGAAAUUGAUACCACAGAAGCUAGUGAACAGCCUAUACUCAUGAUACUCAUGAUGACGCGUUCCGCCAGUGUAGGAUCACAAUCUGCUCCCGGUAAGAGACCAAAAGUCAAGACAUACAGACCCUCUAAACCUUUGGCACAUAAAGAGGGGCGCAAGUUUAAGCAGACUGAGAACGAAAACGACGACAUUUUUGAAGACGCACUUGUUGAAUCAAAAACCUAUAUAGAAGCCUACUCUAAUUUCAAUACUGCGCCAUCAACACCAACAAAGCGUUUGUCAGCGACUGAGAAGUUUGAUAUGGAUGGAUCACACGAUACUAAGCCCGAAUUCCCCACUGGGACAACUAUUAAAGACUUUGGUGCGUUGCCCGACCAUCUUAGAGGGCCUUGCCUUGAAGUCAGCCCUAGAACUAGCCUUUUAGAUGGUCCAUCUGGUGUUCCGAACGUGGAUAAACUUUUGUCUAUGAACAAGCGUGAUUGCUCUCUAGAAUCAUCGCUCAUGAGACCUCUCGAAGCAGUACCUGAAGGCUCGAUAGCAACAUCAUCAUUGCCAGAGGUGCCGACAGAAGUAACGGAAGACACCAUCGGACAAUCGGAUGGUCCUGCUCAAGUUCCAUCUAUUGCAGCUAUUGAACCAAAUGUUGGUGGCGAUUCUCCAAUUCCAGAGUUGCCCGUCGCCCCAAUUGCGAUAGAUAAGAAGGAUGAAAAGCGCACACAUAAAGUUAUUAAUAAGUUUCGAUCGGGAGUACGCAAGGGUAGAUACCGUUGCCUAAGAACACCUGUAUUGGUGGUGAUUUUAGGAAAGGAGCUUUCAAAGCCAACCAAAGUAGCCAUUCAGAAUAUCGCAAACGGAUUGCCGUCAGGAAUUGGUGAUGUUAAUGAAAAACAUAAGAUGCAAACAACACUUGAGCCAUCGGUCUCGCUUCAUACACUGGAACAACUUUCACCUACUCCAGUACCAGAGGACCGGUGCUGUCCUGAGAGCCCUACACCUUCGUCAGAGAGCCAUUGCUGUAGCGAGGAUUGGAAUUGA